GUUUAUUAAAAGAUAUAAAAGUAGAAAAAAAAACUUUCCAUUUUUAUCCCUUUAUCAUUAUCUCUAAAUAAUUUUUUGUUAAAAUUCAUUCUCAUUUUCAUUUUCUUUUUUAAUUUCUUUCUUUCAUUUUCUGUUUUUUUGGUUUAAAAUAAAUAGGCUCUUGUCAAUUUACUAUAUUCCCAAAUUCAAAUCAUCUAAUCAUUAAUUUACUCCUCUAUUCAAAAUGUACAGACCAAAUUCUCCAACAUUGUUUUCACCCGAAAAUACUAUAUCAACUACUACCUCAAAUACAUUCUCAAACACUUUUUCAAGUACAAUUUCAAAUACAAUUUCAAGUCCUUGCAAAAAUAUGAGACAAAAUAGCAAAAAAAAUCCAGAUCUUCUAAAAUCUUGGAAUAAAUCCAAUUCAAACAACACAAUCUCCUUUUCAAAUUUUUCCUUUAAAAAAUCAAAAAAUGUUUACAAUAAUUCAGGUUCAAAAGACUCUGCCUUGAUAACAACAAAAUUCUCCUUAUUCGAUAUGGAAAAUAAUGCUAAUCUUAACAAACAAAAAAAUAGCAGUCACUCAAACAACUCGAUAACCAGAAAAUUGCAAGAACAUUUUCAAAGUCCUAAAAAUACUCCCAAAAACACCCCUCAGAAUAGCCCUCAACAAAUCCAACACCAAUAUAAUACUUCAGAAUAUAACUACAGUAAUAUUAAUGGAUUCUCAGAUCAAUACAGCGAGACUUGUACCAGUGAUUAUAAUAGUGAAUAUAAUAGUGACUAUUUUUAUAGAGAUAACGAUCAAAUCAGCUACCAAUAUCAAUCGCCUUAUCAACUAAAUUCCCAAAGAUUUUCUCAACUUAAAGAUUUUGACUAUAAUGAAUAUGAUGAAUACGAUGAAUAUGAUGAAUAUGAUGAAGCCCUAAAUUUGAAAUCAAUCCCUGAAUCUCAAAGUGAAGAAACUAAUAGUGAUACUUUUAUAUUUGUGAAUGAGGAUCAAAUUAGCGAGUCGACACAAGAUUUAAUGAAAAAAGAUCAGCCAGUUGGAAAUUUAAUGGCCAACUCACUUGAUAAUGAUAAGGAAGAAGAUAUUAAAACUGGUAGUUUUAUGCAGCCUCAUAACUUUUUAACAACUGUUGAUUCGUCUGAUAUGCAAUCAUUAACUACUGUUAUUAUAGCACCUUUGCAACCAAAAAAUUUUGAGAGUUUUCUCUUCUCCAAGAAUAACACACAGACUAGUCACGUAACUAAUAAUAAUGAACAUAACGAUGAUAAUAACGAUAUUAUUAGCGCGAAUUAUGAAUCUAAUAUUUCUUCUUCCAUGUCUUCUAAUGAAAUAAUUUUUUCAAGAAACAGCAUUUCGAAAUCAAGUAUGAAACAAGGAUCGAGCGAUACAAUGAUAUCCUCAGUGAACUCCAUUUCGAUAUCCAAUAGAAGUUCCAAUUCUAAUUCAAGUAAUCAACUGAGUAAGUUGAGCGCAUUGAAUUCCAAAAGUUCAAUUAAAAGGUAUAUUCCAAGAUCUUUGACUGCUUUGUCAUAUUCGAAAUCUUUAAAGUCAUUAAAAUCGUAUAAUGUGAAUAAUGUUAAUAACUCGACAUCGACAUUUCAUAAUUCACGAAAAUCGUCAAUGUCAAACAUUUCUUUUAUGAAUUCAGAGGUGGAGUUGGUAACUAACGGUGAAGUUAAUAACGAUUUAAAUUCAAUAGUGAUGAGUCCGAAAUCAUCAAUGAAUAAUAAAACUGCAUCUCGUUUAUCGAUAAAUAGUUCUAUUUCUGUGCCAUACAAUAUGAAAAAUAGAAACAAGUCAAUUUAUGACUUUGUUGUUCUAGAUUAUAAAGGGGAACUUUUGCAUUUAAACUACCUUCAAAAUAAAGUUGUUCUUAUUAUUAAUAUUUCAAAUAUUGAUAGUUUGGCAUCGAGUAACCAUCAUUUUGCACAGCUAGAGCAUCUUUAUGAAAAAUACAGUCAUCUUGGAUUUGAGAUAUUAGCAUUUCCAACUAAUCAAUUUGACAAAGAAACUGGACAGGAAUUGGGUGGUAGGCGCAAACAAUAUGUUAGCCAGUAUGAAAUCCAGCACAACCAACUCAGCAACGAGAUCUUGAAAAAGAUCAAGUAUCCAGUUAUGAGCUGUUGCAAAGUCAAUGGCAAGAACCAAUUGGAAUUGUUUGACUGGUUAAAGUCUCAAAAGAAGGGAGUAAUACGUAUCAGAACUAUCAAAAUGAACUUUGAAAAAUUUGUUGUUGAUAAAGAUGGCCAUGUUGUUGAAAGAUUCAGCUGUUUUACCAAACCAAGUAAAUUGGAAAAUCUCAUCCAAACAUUACUAAAAAAAUAAGUUAAUUUCACAUUGGCUCGUUAUCUUGUUUAUCUUUUCAUUUUUGUUUAUUUUUUUUUUGUUUAUUUUUUGUUGUUUUUGCUCUAUUUUCCUCGUCGU